AUGGAAAUAGCUGUCGUAGAAAAUGAUUAUGUUCUACCUACUGUCAUGUAUGAACAUGAUUGGAUUCAUAUCCUUUAUAUGGGUAUAUCUACUAUAUUCUUUUUAAUUCAAGUUUGUCAACGUAUUUCUGUAGAUCUAUUCUACUCAUCAAAUGAUCUCAAAACUGGUAUUUAUAUUCCAUCUCUUAAUCGAUAUCCGACUGAAUUAACUCCUUCACCUUCCAGUAUAUCAUAUAUAUGGUAUAUUGUUUUUAUUUGGCAGGCUAUAUUAAUUAUAUAUUCAAUAAUUGGUGUUUUUCGUCGAACAUCAUCAGGUAGUUAUUUCUAUCAACAUCCAUGUGCAAUGAAUAAAUGGUGUUUUUUCUAUAUGGCAUUUGGUCUUAUUUUAUAUACACCUCAAUUGGCAGCUGCUGCAAAAAAUAAAUAUGGAAUUGGAAUUUCAAUCUUUCGUCAUGUGGGUACAUUAUGUGAAGUACUUAUUAUUUUAGUUGUUGUUCAUGUAUCAUUAUGGGAAAAUUUAAACAAUUAUUUACGACAAAGAUUUUUUGUCGAUGUUUGGCUAACACGAUUAUUAUAUCAUAAUGGUUUAGCUUUAUGGGCAUCUGUUCUUUUCUAUGAAAGUUGUUUAUCAAUUGUUAUAGGUUUUAUUUAUAGUAAUUAUAUUUCACCAAUAACAGCAUCUUUUAUUGGAUGUUCUGUUCUUCUAUUUGGUCUUUUGAUACUUUCUAUUCUUGAAAAUAUAAUUUUCUAUAAUUCACUUGCAUUUACUUUAUCACCAUGGUUUGCUUUUAUAUGGCUUUUAGGAGGAAUUGUUUUCCGUCAACACGAUGAGUUGUCUUCAUCGAUCGAUGUCAUUUGGUCGAUUGGUACUAUAAAACAAGCACAAAUAGUGACCAAUGCACCUUCGAUCUGGUUAUAUAAUCAAUCUACAUGGUCGCAAUGUUUAUGUUACUCUCUUCAAUAUCCUUCAGUUGAAUAUUUUAACAGUUUUCCAUUGAAUUUAUCUUGUCAACUAUUUUCAAAUCUAUCAUCAUAUCCAUUUCAAAUCAUUAACAACUCAAAUGUGACAGUAUAUUUACUUCAACCAUUAGUACAAUAUACUCCAUGUUGUUCUAAUUUAACAUGGUUAAUUACACAAAUGAAAUCAAGAAUGAAUUCAUUGAAUAUUUCUUCGAUUACUGGUCUUGCUCUUGAUAGUAACAAUAACAGAUUAGCUACAGUGGCUUCAUCAAAACUUCAACUUGUAUCUACAACAUCUUUUAGCUUCGUGAAUUCAAGUAUUAAUCUACCAACAGGAUCUCAAGCAAUUAGUUAUUCUCAAGGUUCUCUUUAUGUUGGAAUCUUUCCUGUUGCAACACCUUAUACACUUUAUGUUUAUUCAUCUUUAAACUUGACAAAAACUGGAAAUAUGAAUUUUACUCAAGGAGGACCACAACGUAUUAUCUGGCUUUUUAGCAAUACACUUGUAUGUGUUCUAACACAAACGAAUCCAUCGAGUGUUUCGAAAGCUAACUUUUACAACUGGCCAUCAAAUACAUUAAAUCAAUCGAUUACACUUGCAAUACAAAAUGCAUAUGGUCUUGGCAAAGCAUCUAAUAAUGACAGCUUUGUUUAUAUUACUGAUGGAUCAUGGGGAGGUAAUAUUUGGCAGUUAAAAACUACUUCACCAUAUAAUUUUACAUUAUUUGCUACAAGUGCAACUAGUAGCGAAUCUCCAACAUCAGUGACAUUUGAUGGAUGUAAUCGUAUGUGGGCAGCAUUUGCUAAUUUUGGAGUUAGAAUAUAUGAUAUAAAUUCACGUUCAUUGUUAUAUGCAUGGAAUUUGACUUCAACUUAUUCAAUGUUAUAUGAUAUAGUCAUUACAAAUCAAUAUCAACUUUAUUUAGCCGAUAAAACUAGUGGUACAUUGGCUCGUUAUGGUUCGGAAUUACAAUGUACAAACUAA